UUUCUCUCUCUCUCACACACACACACACACACACACACACACUUCUCUUCAUCCCAUACUUAAGCCAAAUGCUCCGUGCUCUCAGUUGACAAAUCCUGAUCUUUACACACACACACACACACACACACACACAAAUCUGGAUACAAACACACUACCAGAAUGCUCUCGAGGCUGCUGAUGCUCCUGCUGGACCUAGCGUUCAUCUCGGUUGCAGUUAUAAACAGCACAAAGACCCACAACACAACCCAUCAUCUGGAACUCAAAGAAAUUGUGAACGACACUGCUGUUGAUAUUGAGUCAGAGGAUUAUAUGAAUAUGGGGAAAAAAGACCUCCACUACAGCAACUGCAAUGAAAGUUUGUUCAUGGAUUUUGGAAAAGAGUUUUGCUUAAAGGAUUUUGAGGAAGAUAUGAGCAGCCUGGCACAAGAGAACUGGUGCGACUGGGAGAUGGUGCUCGGUUAUUACAACAGUCUGACUCAAUGCCUGGAGAUAUGUGCCACCCAUACGCACUGCUACUACCCUAACGCUCAGGUGCAGGCCAUGUUCGUGGACGUCCAUAUGCGCUACUUCAGCUCAUGCAGCAGUAAAGACGACCCGCUCCCAGACGCUCCAGCGAGGGUCGUCCUCGUCCUCACCCUGCUGCCCGUCAGCGUCAUUCCAGUGCUCGUCUAUAUGGUCAUCUGGAAAAGCAGCGUCAUUGACUGAGAAACACCCACACACACACACACACUCACAGUCUUCUGCUGCAACACCGUGUAUCAUUUAUUCUAACAAGGUUUAGAUAAUAAUAAUAAUAGCAAUAAUACAAUCGAGAAACGCAGUCUGUCUUCCUUAAUUUGUUUGCUAGAUCUGGUCAUUUGUUAGCAAGCGUCUUUUUUUCCCAUCAUACAGAGCGAUAACCGUGGCUAGCAUAAAGCAGCACUUAGCAUAGCGAACGUCUUAGCUGUGCACAUUUCUGUAGCCAAACGUAUGUCGAGCAUUUGAUUGGUAUGUGCUUCUUUUUUGGGAACAUCCACAUUCAACAUCGAGUCCGCGAUCGCUGUUCUUCUGGGAAGAUGUUUAGCCAGAAAAAUUCAACCCAAAUGUGUUUGUUGGGGGUGGAGCUCGAGAGCAGGAGAUCUUCUACAUCUUCCAUGGAAAUCAUAUCUUCAUGGAGCUGGCUUUGUUUACACAUUCAUGCUGGAACAUUUGAUGCCAACGAUCGUGUGCCUCCCAAAUUGUGGUUUGGAGCACACCCUGGGUGGAAAACGCCGGGUCUCCAAAUACUGUAGAGCGUAUUGGCAUUUAUUUUUAUUUUUUGUUAUGAUUGUGUAGUCAAUUAUCCGAGUGUUUUCGAAAGCAUUAAAUAAACGUUUAUUCACAAAUA